CGAGAGCUGAGCUGCUUUUCUUUCCUUCCUUUCAGGAAUUGAUCUAUCCUAUGGAUGUCGCUUUCAUUGAAGUUUUAGAAUCAAAAACAAAUAAAGAACACGGACGCCUUCAGAUAUCGAAACCAGUUGCGAAAUCUAAUUGAAAAUUUUUCCAUCUAGAGGUAAAAUUGUGUUCCUUUUUUUGACUUGUGUAAAACUAUAAUAUUUGGAUUCUACAACAUCAAAAAAUUGGCUCUGUCUUGCUUCAAAACAAAUUUCUAGAGGAUUUUGAUUUUGAUUACCAGAAAACUCGUUAACUCGAAAUCUACAAAAGAAGUAGCCGUGUUUCUUUUAUUCCAUAAAUUUUUCUUUCUAGUUUUUAGGUUAAAGCUCAUUUGCAUUAGACAUUUUAUGGGGAAUCAAUCGUCGAAGGUGAAACCUGCCGAGCAGCCAUGGAUUGAGGAGGGACAAAAACACUUUUGCAGCAUCUCUCAAUUUAAGCUCUGCAACGUUGUUGGAAAAGGGAGUUGGAGUACUGUUUUUGUGGUAAAAGAUCGACGCAGCAAGCAAAAGUUUGCUUUGAAAUGUAUCAACAAGAAAAAACACAAUCCGGGAAAGCUAAAACAACUUCUCACUGAAGUCUCGCUUUUGCGUUCUUUAGAUCAUCCUCUUUUGUGUAGAUUCUAUUCUGAGUUUGAAGACGAUAACAAAAUAUACCUUGUCUCAGAUCUUAUGUUGGGCGGUGAUCUUCGAUAUCAUAUAGCGCAGAAUCGCUUUCAAGAAUCGGUCGUGUGCGUAUGGAUUGCUGAGUUAGCUUCUGCGCUGAUGUAUAUCCACUCCAAAGGUAUUUUACAUAGGGAUAUAAAGCCAGAUAACAUCCUUCUUGAUGAAUAUGGCCAUUGUCGACUUGUCGAUUUUAACGUGGCAGCCCGCCUUUCCCAUCAAACCCAAGAUGGAAAAAGUUAUGUGAAAGGUCGAGUUGGCACUCCAGCCUACAUGUCCCCAGAAACGCUCGUGCAUUCCAUAGGUUACAGAGAAUCAGACUGGUGGUCUUUGGGAAUCACCAUGUACGAAUGUCUUUUACAAAAUAGACCGUUUUCUAGCACGAUGGUGGUCAAUUGGAUUCGAUCCUCCGAAAAAGAAAAAUCAUCUCUUCUGGAAACAAUGUGCUCUUCACUCGAAAUUCGUAACAACAAACAACUAAAUACCUUAUCCAAAGAAGCACAUGCCGCUAUUCUCGGAUUUUUAGAGCCAUCCAUAAAAAAUCGAUAUGGACAUCAAGAAAAAGACAUUCCAAAUGUAUCUUUCUUCUCGUCUGUUUGCUUCGAAACUAUUUCUCAAGGAAAGUGGGCGCCCAAAUUUAGACCGAAAUCUGGCAAGCUAUACGCCGACCCUAUUUUAGAAUUAGAGGCAUCCUUUUGAUUUCUGGUUUUUGUGUUUUAAUGCCUCCGUUAUAAUGAAAAUUUCCUUAGCUAAGGAAAUCAUGACUUUAUAGAUCGUUCAUGUUCGUCUUGCUACAUUAAUUUUUAAAUCUCGUCUCAUGUUAUGAUAAAAUUUACUGCCAAGUAUUAUAGAGCUUAAUGAAUUUUUUUUCUUGUUACAACGCCAUAAUCCACAAACUUUCAUUCUACUAUAUGCGAUAAUACAUGAUAUAUUUACC